CCGGCGCGCCCGCCAUGGCGGCGCCCAGCGUGUUCCUGCUGGCCGUGAGCGGCGAGAUCGAGAGCGGGGAGUUCCCGGGAUUCGAUGACCUCUACUGCAAGUUCUCCUUUGUCUACGGCCAGGACUGGGUCCCCACGGCGGGCCUGGAGGAGGGAAUCUCGCAGAUCACCUCCAAGAGCAGCGUCUCGCCCACCACGCUGGUCUGGAACUUCCCCAUCGACAUCACCUUCAAGAGCACCAACCCCUUCGGCUGGCCCCAGAUUGUGCUCAGUGUCUACGGGCCUGACUUCUUUGGCCACGAUGUGGUCAGGGGUUAUGGAGCUGUGCACGUGCCCUUCGUGCCAGGCAGGCACAAAAGAAUCAUUGCCAUGUUUGUCCCAGAGUCCACCUCGAGGCUGCAGCAGCUCACCAGCUGGUUCACAGGGAGGCGCCCGGAAUUCACCGACCCCAAGGUGGUGGCGCAGGGAGAGGGAAGGGAAGUGACCAGGGUGCGCUCCCAGGGCUUUGUCACCAUUUCCUUCAACGUGAUCACCAAGGACCUGCACAAGCUGGGCUAUGACGUGGGCCAGGCUCAGAGCCCCGGGCCCCAGGGGCUGCAGGGCCUCUGAGCCCCCCAAAACCCCAGGGGCUGCAGGGCCUCUGAGCCCCCCCAAAACCCCAGGGGCUGCAGGGCUUCUGAGCCCCCCCAA